CAUAACUUUCAAAGCAAUACUAACAUAAUAUGUGAUAUUUUUGUUGAAAAUAGGGCAUGACAAUAUUAGUACAUAUUAUUAGUCAGAUUUAGGUUUAAUUUUUAAACGGGUAAUACGUACUGUACUGGUGCAGAACUUUGUCAUGAGGGUUAUUAGCCAUAAGACUGACGAGCAUGAUUCUCAUUGUUUAAUUUUACAGUAGAAAAUUGUAUUAUAAUAACCUUGACUUUUUUGUAAUACUAGUAUUGUUGAGUAUAAAUUAUAUUUUCUUGUAGCAUGCUCACUGAAAUAUGCAAAACGUAUUUUGCAUAGCCGACGUAUUUACUGUAUUUGUUUAACUAUACAAUUGUAUACGGUGACACACAAGGCCAGUUUACCUCGUGAUGCACUCUGGAUAACAAAAACUCGUCUCAUGAGUUUUUUUUAUAUAUUAUGCUAUGCAAUUAUUGUUGGCUUUGCUAGUCAACUUUCUAAUGGUGAUGGCAUUGCAAUGCAACCCAUUAACUAUCACUACUCGAGGUGCUCUUUCAUUUAUGUUCAUUAUAUUUACUUAUGCAGAUAGAGUGUCCCGAGUUGGGUCGGAGAGUAUAACGAAUGUUUAGUAAUAGUGUUGUUAAAGGGUAAAGUAGUCGAGUUGACCAAUAUCAACGUGUUUUCUUCUAUCAUGAUGGGCAGGAUUGCGUAAUAUGUACAAAAACGUGUGUUUGAGAGAUAAGAGUUUAGGAAAGUUGACCAUUCCUUAGUUGUGCUCUCUUCCAGUAUCAGCUUUGGCCUCCUAAGUCGUCUUUUAUUUUUGUAAUUGAACAAAUAUACAUUGAGCACUUUUCAAUAAAUGGACAAGCAUCCACUUUGUUACAUUACUGAUUAUUAUGGAAGACAUUUCUACUGAAAAUUCUGCUGUAGUUCUUGUACGAAUCCUCUUUUUUGCCCAGGCAAAGGAGCAAACAAAAACGAGUGAAGCCACAAUUUCUUUCAGUGCGUCGAAAGCGUAUAAACCUAGAGAGAUUUUGGAGUCAAUUCUUGCCAGUUUUCCCACUUUGAAACCAUUGCAGCAGUGCAUAAUUCUAGCUGUCAAUCAAACAUAUUUAGACUCGGAGUCUGAGGAAGAAUUUGUGUUCAAAAGUAUAGACGAAAUUGCCGUGAUACCACCCAUAAGUGCCGGAUAACGCCUAAGGACGGGGUGAAAAUGGAUAUUAUAAGAUUGACGACUGAAGUAAUUGACAUUAAUGCUCUAAUUGCCGAAAUAGCUUCACCAAAAUGUGGAGCCGUUUCAACCUUCAUUGGAACGACGCGAGAUAAUUUUGAAAAUAAGACGGUUGUGCGCUUAGAAUACGAAGCUUAUGAACCCAUGGCUAUCGCUGAAAUCAAGAAAAUUUGCGUGCAGCUUAGGGAGAAAUGGAAACUGGAGAACAUUGGAGUGAUUCACAGACUAGGCCUCGUACCUGUAAAGGAAGCAAGUAUUGUUGUAGCUAUAUCAUCCGAACACAGGAAAGAAUCUCUGGAAGCAGUUCAUCUCGCUAUUGACGCAUUGAAGGCAGCCGUGCCAAUUUGGAAGAAAGAAGUUUAUGCUGAUGGGAAAACGGAUGAAAAUGAGUCCCAACAAUCAGCAUGGAAAGCAAAUCAAGAGUGCUUUUGGAAUAAACUUGUCCCAGAAAACCAUGGGCAUAAUAUUGCUAAGCCCGAAGCUUAAUAAAGACAAUAAAACUGUAGUUUGCUUGCUCAUA